AUCGAUAAUGUUUCCAGCAUUAUCUAAUCUAAUCAAUUGCAGCAAGCGACGCGUUUUUUGCACUCUUUUCACAAGAAAUUUUUCAUCUGUACUUUUUAAAAUAAAAACCUUGAGGCGGUGCUGAAUUUAUCUAAAUAAUAAAAACCCUAAGAAAAGAAGAAUUCAAGAUAAUGCCACUGGAUCAGGUGGUCAUAUCUUACUUCAGCCAACGCAGCUUCAUCAGUGUCGUGCUGCUCAGAUCCUUUGACCUGCUGAAGCCUGACACUCUCCUCAUACCCGGCGCCCAGGCAAUUGAAGUGGCUCCCAAUGGGAUUUCCUACACCGAGAAUAAUGUAGAGUAUCGCAUUGUUCUGGAUGAUAUGUUUGAGCUGACCGUCAAGUUUGAGGACGAUCGUUAUUAUGGUGCGGCCAGUCAGAGGGCCAGCAAUGUGACCUUCGGACUCAUUCUCCAACGAGUAAAUGUCCGGAAGAUUGCGGAUGUGAUCAUUGAUGUAAAAUUGGGUGAAUUGCCGCUUCGCAUCAGUUCCAGCGCGCCCUGCUCCCUUCACUGCAGCAAUUGUGCCAAUGAGGUAAUUCGGCGUCAGCAAUACCUCAGGAUUCAACCGGUCCCGGUGAUAACAAUGCGUCCGCAUAGCUUUUUCUGCGGACGCCACAAGAUCCCGGUGUAUCCGCAGGAGGACCAGCUCUUCUACGGAUUGAAUUACGUGGUGAUCUGCUUUCUGAUGUUGGGCAAUGGGGUGACUCGCUCCUGGAGACGUCGUCGCUUGGAAUGUUCCCGCUGUCGACAGGUCGUUGGCGAUGUCUUGGGCCAGGACGUGGCUAUCCGUUUGUUCGCAGACGCACUCCGCGUGAAGACUGACGGUGCUAAUGACCAGUCUCCGGUUAAGUUCAGGCAGGUCUUUGGGCAUGUGACCGCCACCCAGUUGAUGAUGCGCCUGCUCCAUGACGCCGAGCUCAUCAACCCGGACAAGACUCGCUUAUUACUGAAGGCCGUGCGUCCCGAUGGCCAGGUGCACUACCUGCAGAUGAUGGUGGACACUCAGCAGUUGUACCUCCUGCGUUCCCAGUUGCCCGGUCUCACGGAGCAUGAACUUUACGGGGAUGAACGGAAGUCGCCGGAACGGAAUUCACCGGAUCGGAGUGACACCAGCAGCGAGGGUGACAUCGAGAUAAAUAACAGCUAUACCAGUAGCAGCAGCUUCAACUCCAGUAUUCAAGAAGCGGACGAGUACAUGGUGACUCCACAAUCACCUCCAUAUGGACCCACCACUCCCCCCUAUGUGGCUCUGCGCGGCUUCCACGGCGUCCGCAUAAUUUUGUUUUCGGAAACCGAUCAAGAGUUGGUCGCUAACCAAGAGAUUCUGGAGCAAUGGUUCGACGAGGGUGCCCGUGAGUUCCGCGUCUCCUACGCAAUGAUUAUGGAGCUGCUCGCCGAACUGAAUGCGAACGUGAACAUGGUGGCCGCCCUGGAGAAGAAUAAUGAUCCGAUCUCUUCCAACCAUCCGCGUGUCAGCUACAUCGUCUAUGAGACAGACAAGGACUUUUAUGCCAGACAGCAGCUGCCAUUUGAGGAGCUCGACAUUUGAAUACGAGUAUUCCAAGAUCAUAUUAGACCUGCAUUAGCUAUUAUAUUAAAUAAUUAGCAGCAGCCAGUAA